CAAGCAUGUCUCAUAUGAGUAAUGAUUAAUUACACUUUUGUUUCUUGUGCAACCCACAAGAAGCAGCUUUAAUUCUUCUUCCCCCAUAGACCAGCGUCACUUGAAGGGAAACAACAAUUUAAAACCUGGUUUUAUUUCAUGAGCGAGAUUUAAACAGUCCGCAUACCUGUAUGCUCCGUGACUGAUCUAUGUUGCACCAAGUUCCUCCAGGAUUAUGAAGGAGUCAAUGUGAGCGUGCUUGUCAUUGUCCGCGAAAUCUCAGGACCAGUCCAAUUUGGAGCGAGUAAGCCAAGAGGCUUGAUGUAAGAAUGAGCCAACAGCACAAAAAUAUCUCUGCGAUGCCAGGACGGCAACGUGCUUCUGGAAACGUGUUAAGAAUAGACCGACAAUGGAGCGUGCUCCUGUCUUCUGUUUUCUGGCGACAGGCGGUUGGCUGCAAAGGGCAGAUGAAGAAGUAAGACGGAGCGCGUCAUUUGGUCUGUCAAACUGUCAGUUCGUUGGAGUCGGGUCAGGAAGGAUUUCAACCUUAAGGACGGAGCGCACGCUCCAGCUGACCUUUGGCAGGAGUGGUAGAGGUGGAAGAUGGAUCAGUUGAGAAAUGUAGAGUGAAGUGUCACCAGCAGGACAUUUUCAACUUUAUUUUGAGAGUUUUUAGAGCAUUAGGCCGAGUAACCAUGGUAGAAUCAAGUGUCUCUGAGGUCCUCUUUAUUUCUGUCAGUCACAGCAUCACUUUGAUGGGAAAGGUGUGGCUCAUUGUAAUGAUCUUCCUCCGGGUCCUGAUUCUCAUCUUUGCCGGAUACCCUCUGUACCAGGACGAACAGGAGAGAUUCGUCUGUAACACCAUCCAACCCGGUUGUGCAAACAUCUGCUAUGAUCUUUUCUCGCCCGUCUCCCUCUUCCGUUUCUGGCUGGUGCAGCUCGUCACCUUGUGUCUGCCUUACAUCAUCUUCAUCAUCUACGUCAUCCACAAGGUGUCCAACGCUCUCUCUGUGGCUCUGAACUCAACCGGACAUGCCAAAGCUUUCCAACUGUUCAAGGUCCACAAAGAGCAGUUCAACAAGAUGUGUGUGAACAAGGUGCCACUGGCGGUUGACCAGAGAGGGGGGCUGCGGUGCUUCGCGGGGGCCUACAUCCUCCAUCUGCUGUUCCGGACGCUGUUGGAAGCCGGCUUUGGGGCCGCUCACUAUUACAUGUUCGGGUUCCACAUCCCCAGGAGAUUCCUGUGCCAGCACGCUCCGUGCACCACCCAGGCGGACUGCUACAUCUCCAGGCCCACAGAGAAGACGGUUAUGCUCAACUUCAUGCUCGCUGUGGCCGCUCUGUCCCUUUUCCUCGAUGUUCUGGAUUUCAUUUGGGCCGUCAAGCGAUCGCUGAAGCACAACACCAAGAGGAAGAUGAUGGUUGAGAAAAUAUUUGAAGAGGAGCGUUGCUUCCUCUCUGCUGGUACGGCUUCCACUUGCAGAGAUCCUAGCACAUCCAAUACUCAGCAAGAUAUAGAGGCCCAGUCUGAGAAAAUAGAAAGUUUCAGGAAGAGGCACGGGAGUGGUGGGAAAUGUCAUUCAAGUCUGCAGGCGUCCACCCUGGGCCAUUGCUCGCACCCAUGCUCUUCAGAGCCUCCGUGCUGCAACAGCGGUAACAAUGACAUCUUGGUCUCCCAGGAGGAGGUUCUGGAGAGGAAUGGCAGCGAGGUCGCCCUCUGCCCUCAGGAGACCAUACGGACGCCAAGACCCAUUAGAGUCAACAAACGCAACAGACCUAAACCCCCUCCUCCACCCAGGCUGGACCUCAAACAACCCUCUGGGCAAUCGGUAGCACCGGUCAAGGAUGUUUCCAUGACAACUUCAGUCUGUACCAGGAGAGUGGGUCAGUAUUCGCUGUUUGAACUUGGAAACGGUAUUGAGCCUCAAAGCGGUGAAGGUGGUCAGGAGAAAAGAUCAGAGUGGGUGUGAGCUUCAGGCACACGUUGCUGUAGUUCCCCGUGCUGCAGCAAUGCGUCCACCUCUUUUCUUGCUUUAAACCCAGGCUGCUGUUUAGUUUGAGAAUCUGAAAUGGAGACGUAAACCUCAGACUCAACACAUCAUAAUUAGAGAUGCACCAAUCAGAAUGGGCUGCUGCUUUCUGCACUCCAGAAAUUUCCCAGGCCGUCGUGAACCAAAAAUUACUAAAUAGCUUUUAGUCUCUGUCAGCCCUUGUAUGACCUGGUAGUUGUGAUGCAUGAUGUCUUUACUGAUUGGGAAAAAUAUAUAUUUUUCCUUUUCUAGCUGCCUGGACACUGGUUAGGGGUGAUCAAGUUGGACAUUUUUUUUUUUUAGUGCAGCUCUAAUCAUAUUCCAUGUUGUUGCUUUGCCCUCUCUGUUAGGGCCCCUGCUCUGUGAUGCUACGACAAAAAUCCUCCUACCUUCUGAAUCAAAGUUAGCAAUGACAGAAGCGUUUUGAAUAAGGCGUCUUUUAGCAAACGUUGUUUUUGGGGUAAUUAAAAUAUAAAAUAAAAAAAAACCUAAAAGAAUGCAGCCCACCUGUUUGUCUCCAUACGGAUUUUGCCCCCAACACUGUCCGCAACUAAUCCGAGUCUUGACCUGGACUCUGUUCGCUGCCCCCUCUCAAAUCCCUUCAUAUGAUUCCUAACAUAGAUGGCCCUGCUUUUGAGCAUGGAUCAGUGAGGUCAAAGUCCACUGGACCGGGUCAGACGGUUCAACUAAAACGAGAGGCAAUGCCGUCACCCGGCCCAUAGAUGGAAAGAGAUUCCUCCUGCAAAGUGAAGGACGCUACGAAGGCUCCUAAAAGCUGACAUAGGAUCACGAAGUAAUUACGCUCCCCCAUCGGGGCCCAGUAUUUACGGCGACAGCUUGUCACUCUAUUUCAGGGCCUCCGAGGGAUCAAGAGGACCACAAACAUCAGCAACACUUCCACACUGGAAAUAGAGGAGCGUUAGCUGUUGCCCCCGCAGGAUCUCUGCUCUCUGCUUCGGCUGUGGCUUCAGUUUCACCUUGAUCCAAGUCCAAAUGAACGCGACGCUCGCCCGUUAAGGACCAGAUGAUGUGUCGCUGUGUUUACACAGCCAGUGAAACCACUUUAAAACAUUUACACAAAACGAUUGAAACGAAUCAUCGACAUGACUGAGCUGCUGUGGAGCUGAGGAGCUUAUCUUUGUGGAAAGAGAAAGCUCUUGAUCUUCUUCUUGUGGUCGUUUUUGAAGAGGACAACAAAAGCUUCCCGACUCAUAUCUUAGAUUUGUAAAGAGAGCUGCAGACUGACUGUGAAAUGGCUUUUCCUUUUUUUAAAACAAAGACAAAAGCAUGUAUGAUGAACAGUUUAUUAUUAUUAUUAUU